AUGGAUUCGAAUGCUUACACACAUUUAAAUGGUACUACAUCAGUAGGGACCAAUAGCGGUGAUGGAAUGGGAGAUGAACUUAAAUAUGGUAUACUGAAAAUAUGUUUAUUUAGUACGUUUUUUGUUCUUGGUCUUAUUGGUAAUUCAUUAGUAUUGGUUGGCAUUGGAUUAAAUAAAGGCAUGCAAACUCCAACAAAUUUACUAAUAUUUAAUUUAGCACUUGCCGAUGUUCUGUUUAUUAUUGUUUGUAUACCUACGACUUUAUUUAGCUUUUUUGGUCGUUGGCCUUUUGCAAAUUUCGGUUGUAAAUUAGCACAAUUCAUUAAUCAUUUAUCAGCUUUUAUGAGUAUAUAUUUACUUGUAUUUAUGUCAAUUGAUCGUUAUCUUGCUGUUGUACAUGCCAUUGAUUCGAUGGCAAGUUAUCGGACAACAAAAAAUACGACAGUUUCUAUUAUGGCUCUUUGGUUCAUUGGUAUUUGUAUAUCUAUGAUUAUCGGCUCAUUAUUCACCGUCAUCAAAUUUGGAGAUGAUGAUUCACCUACAUCCAUGUAUUGUCUUUUACGUUAUUUAAAAGGAGACUCUCACGAUACAUCGAUAACACAGAAUACACCUCAUCUUGAAGUAAUGAAUUACUCUAAAAGUAGCUCAUUGUUGAAUAAUACAGAUCAUCUUUUAACGAAUAGUCCUACUCAAAUUCUACCUAUAGAAGCAAGUAUAUAUUGGAUUGGUUUUGUCAUAUUCCUUUAUGCACUGCCGCUAACAAUAAUUGUUAUACUCUAUGGGCUGAUGUUAAAAUUUUUACGCGGAUCUCAUGGUCAAUCAGUUGGAAAAAGUAAACGUCGUGCGACACGCAUGAUAUUAGCUGUUAUACUAACUUAUGCGUUUUGUUGGUUUUUUAUGCAAUUAUUAUUUAUUUCAAAUAUUAUUCUUUCGAGAAAUAUGAGUCAUACAUUUACGACUUACAUGGAUAUUUUAACUAUGUUUGCUAAUGUUUUUGCCUAUCUUAAUUCUUGUACCAAUCCUAUACUCUAUGGUUUUAUGUCAAAGAAUUUCCGCUCAUCAUUCAUUGAUUUACUUUGUUGUCGUUAUACAAAACGACGUCUUUGUCUACCUCAUAAUAGUACACUGAAUCAACGUAUUACAACAUGUUAUGUUAAAAAUCUGAAUGCAAAAUAUCGAAAAACUGAUUUUCAGAUACGAACAUCAGCUGCUUCACAUUUGGUACAAUUAAAUCGAAUGACUGAAUUGUCCAAUGUAGGUAGUGUGAGCGUAGCUGCUAGUGAUGGCGGCGGUGAUGGCGGCGGUGGUGGUGGUGGCGGUUGUGGUGGUGGUACUGUGGAUUCGUCAACAUCAGGUCUUACAGCAAACUUAUUAUCACAAUGUGAUCAACAAGACUCAACCACUGAUGAAAGUAAAAUACCGAUAGAUACUCCUAGUUCGUGUCAUAUUACCGUUGGAACACAAACCAAUGCAUUGAAUAAACAGCAUAAACGACGGAAACAUGGAAAUCGAUCACCCGUCGUAGCUUACUGUUCAUUACCGACACAAAGUACGUCAAAAACUACAGAGAUGUUAUGCACAUAG